AAGCUGUAACGGAAGUGGCGUAGGUUGUGCGCCGGCGGCGUGAUGGAACAGCAACAGCAGCAGCAGCAGCAGCUGAGAAACUUGCGGGACUUCCUGUUGGUCUACAAUCGGAUGACGGAACUCUGCUUCCAGCGCUGCGUGCCCAGCCUGCAUCACCGAGCUCUGGAUGCCGAGGAGGAGGCCUGUCUGCACAGCUGUGCCGGGAAGCUGAUCCAUUCCAACCACCGCCUCAUGGCCGCUUACGUGCAGCUCAUGCCUGCCCUGGUACAGCGCCGCAUCGCUGACUACGAGGCUGCCUCAGCUGUGCCAGGUGUUGCUGCUGAACAGCCAGAAACCUCGCCAUCUGGCAGCUAGCUGUCCUCAACGCUGAGAAGGGAGGCACUGGAUGGACCCUCACGUUGAAGGAGCAGUGGACCUUGGGCAAGGUGGAGCCUGUAUGUAGAGAAUGAGGAGUUGCCUGAGAGCUAGGUACUGUUGCUCCUUUUCCUGGAGCUAAUAAACCUGCUCUAAUCUGUGCGGUUGAUAUUCUGGGCAGGGAGAAAUUGCCUUCUGUGUGUGGAAGGAAAACCUCAGCAUUCCCAGGCACCUGGUUAAAGGAAGGUCUGUGGGUACAGCUUUAAAAUUGGCAACAAGACGCUGGUUCGUGCCCAGACGGCAGAGAAAAUGGGAACUCUGUCCUUAAAUCUGUCUGACUUAAAUGGUUCGCUUAGCGAUAUCUAAGGACCAUGGGUUAAGAAACCACAGGGCUUUUAGGCACCACCUCUUCGAAAGUCAGUAGCCCCAGACAGAUGAAACCUAUAGGACUUCUGGGUGUUCUAGAACGUUAACCACUCCCCCAAGUUGUUACUUUCUUUAAUAUUUUUGUACUCCCAGAAAUUGAGCAGUAAAUCCUUUAAACCGAGGAGGUCUUUGUGCUCGUCUUCAGGAGCAGUCAGAAAGGGGAAACUUGGGAACCCAUAUUCUGCAUUAUAGUCAGACUCAAGGGAGAGAAACCCACAGAAGUAGAGGGUGGUGGCUAAGGGGACAAAAACAAAACAAAACAAAAAAAAACGGAAGAAAGGAAAACCUUCAGGUCUUUUGGAUGUUACGCCCUUGUCUCACUGCUCGCCUGUGAUCUCCUAAUUCCAGCCCUGCCCCCUACUCUGCAUUGUCCCAGCUGUACCUAUCCCGUGGUUUCUAAUUCCAGCCUCUCCAUUCUUUCCUCAUUAUUGCCUCCCUUGUGGAGUUUACCUCUGUAUUCAGCAGUCUCAGUGGCAUGUCACUCCAUCCCUGAAUUUUUUUGCUGCCCUUGUGUCCUUUUUGUAUCAUUCCACCUGUUUUACUUAUUUACUAUUAUUUACUUUUUGGCCAUGCCAUGGCAUGCAGAAGUUCCCAGGCCAGGGAUCAAACUGGAGCCACAGCAGUGACAAUGCCGAGUUCUUAACUGCUCGGCCACCAGGGAAAUCCCAGUCCAGCUGUUUUAACUUUUCUGGUCCUCCAUUCACACGACUGGGGGAAAACACAGCUGUGUAAUGAAUGCCACUAAAUACUCCCAGUCCCAGCUGCAACCAAGUUCUCACUACCAACAAACAGCACUUUGAGGGUUCCUGGUCUGUUUGCUCUUCUCAUCACCAUGGCAGCUGUUUACACCUUCACUGCUCUCCCUAACCCCCCACCUCACCCUCAGCUAUUCCCCCUUCGGUGACCAUGCUUCGUUUUUAUAAUGGAAAUGGGAGCUUUUAGACAAAAGCUUGGUUGGUUCCCACAGUAGUACUUUUUCAAAAAACUUGAAACCACCCACAAAACAGGUGUUUUCUCCCCCUAUACAGGUCAGGAUAUUGAAUUCUUCUGGUAGCAGACUCUGAAAAGGCAGAUCUGACUUUACGAUGUACUUAAAGUAUAUCUCUUUAAGGGAACUAUACUAGCCUGGUGUCGUUCUCUUUGCUAUACCAGGCUGCUUCUCAAAAUCGUCUCUUGAGCACCCACUUUGUAUAGGUUCUGGUUUUGAUAUUAUCCCCACUUGAGAGAUGAGGAGGUAAGAAUUCAGUAUGUAUCAGAAGCCACUGAAAUCUCCUUCAGGUCUUCCCGUGAAGUGUCCCAUGGGCAUAAUGAGAGCAGUGUGACAUUUGAAGCACAACUCGAGGAUAAGCUUUGACAAAGCUUUAUCCCUUUAUCACACAAAUUAUUACACAGGUUUCACUGGAGCAGUCAGGCCAUUGCUUCCACUUUUUCUCCGUUAACACCUUCCUGUCAUUAGAUUCCUGUCAAGCUUAAAUUCUAGCCAUUUGCUUGGAACAGGCUAGAUGUCCUUGCUUCUCUUUGUUGGACUUGGAUAAGAUGAACCAUCUGUGCAUGCAUUUAGGCUUAUAAGGGAGUCAUUGUAGGGAGGAUUUAUAUCACCGUGAAUCCGUGGUUAUCAACUUCAGAUGGAGCCUCAGCCCCUGUAAUCCCACUAGAUUUUUCAAGUCAGCUUUCCUGUUCCCUGCAGUGACUAUUUCAAACCAGGAUUCUACCUGCACCGUCUCCUCGCUUUCUGCUGGUAGCCUUGUUUUUACCUCGUUAGCAAAUGUCGAAGCUGUCAGUGGGGAGCUCCCGCAACUUCUCACAACCCCAAACCCACCUACACCUGCGUCAUUCUCUCCUCUCUCCCUCCUGUCGAAACAGGACCAGCGUCCCUCUUAAGGCCCAGUGCCUGUUGCUGCGCCUCCAUCCCAGCCCUCCCUCCUGUGGAGAGUGCUGACGUUUCCCCCCCUGAUUCUUCUCAGCAGCGUCUUAAUGAGCUAAAGAGCCCGGUGCAGCAAACAAGCCCCUGCCGCCCGGGCACCAUCCAGUUUGUUUCUGCUUUUACAGCCCUGACUUCUCCCCAUUGCUGUUCCACCCAGUCUGUUUGGACUUCUGCAGCCUUUACUCUGUUGGAAGAGUUCUUCCCGAGGUCACCCCAGCUCACCAAGGGACCUUCACCUGCUUGGAGCCAGUGGUGGUUUCCCCAGCUUCCUUCACUUCUCAGGGGCGUCUGGUGCUGUUGCCGAGUCCCUCAUCGCCGCUCUCAUCAGUGUCUGUGAUUCCACUUGUGGUCUCACUGCUGCCACCUCUGGCCACAGCUUCUUAGCCUCCUUUGUAGGCCUUGUCUCCUCCAGCCGUUAAAUCCAAACGUUUCUUUCUGAGUAUAAUCUCUCUGGAAAUGUUUUAUCCCCACGCUGAGCUUUAGUUACUGUGACUCAGAUCUGACCCCUGAGCCAUCUGAUUGAUAUUUCUACUGAGGUGUUUCAAGAGUAUCCCAACCGGGCAGCUCCGAGGUAGUCCUGUGGUUGGAGUUGCGUGCUUGUACCGCUGCGGCCAGGGUUCAGUCUCUAGUCGGGAAAGAGAUCCCACCUCAAGCUACUGCACACUGUGGAGCCGGGGGGCGGGGAUCCCAACUCGGUAUGGUGCCUCCUGAACUUUCUCACUGGGCCUGGUGCUCCACCGGCUGCAGAAGCUAGAAACCUCACUCAUCCCUUCACUCGGUUGUCAGAUCAUCAGUUUACGUUUCUAAAAAUCCCUUGAUUCCGUCUGCUUUUCUUCAUCUUCACAGUCUCCCACCAGGGUUCUUGCAGUUCCUGGCCCCCCCCCCCCCCGCCCUACGUCUACUUCUGCACCCUCCGGUCUAUUCCGCACUCACCGGCCAGAAGAUACAGACUGCUGCUUAAAACCUUGCAGCAGCUUCCCAUUCUUAGGAUAAAAACUGACAUUCUUGACCAACAAGGCCCUGUGUGAUCCAGCCCCUGCCUGCCUUGAUCUCGUGACUGUCAAACCCUGGGCACUUAAUACUGCUUGUUGACCCGAACGGGGCCGCACCUCACUCACUCACUCGCUGGCUUUGUGCUCUAACCCCCUGGGCCUUUCAGUUCCCGCAACCUGUCUCACCUCUGUCGUCUCAGGGCCUUUGCACCUGCUGUUUCCUGGCUUGCAAUGCUUUCCCCUGACCCUACCUACGUCUACUCAUUCUUACAUACUUAGUUUAAAUACUGUUUCCUCAAACGACUCUUUCCGGGGCUCCAGCUUCCGUAAUCCCUCCUGUUUGGGGCCUGUAGCCUUGUGCACUUGGUAAUUAUAAACCUCAGGAGGUCAGAGUCCUUGUCCUUAUUGCUCACCAUUGAAUCCUUAUCAGUGCCGGGUGUGUAAAAGGGCUUAAUAAACAUUUGUUGAAUGAA